AUGGCGAGUAGUUUCAUUCUGGCCGACCAAUUCCUGCAGAUGUCGAUGUAUGUUCCCUCGAUGGAACUGGCCUACGGGCCUGGCGAGCAUCGAAACAGCAUCCCAGUCGACAUGAAGGGCUAUCCGAGAUUCGCUCUGUGGGCUCGAGAUAUGCCGCCAAUGGAAAACUCUAACCUAUACGGCGUGCACAAUUUUAUGCUUGGACUGAGUCGUCAAGGUCGGGCUUUCGGAAUCUUCAUGUUGAACAGCAACGCGCAGGAGGUGGCGGUUCAAGCGCAUCCCUCUCUUAGCUACCGCACAAUCGGGGGAAUCCUCGACUUCUUCGUCUUCACCGGGCCGUCUCCAGCCUCCGUGAUCACCCAGUACCAGGAGUUGAUAGGUCGGCCACAGCUGCCACCCUACUGGAGCCUUGGAUUUCAUCUCUGUCGCUAUGGCUACGAGAACUUGGCGGAUGUGCGUGACACUCUGAUGCGGAAUCUGCAAAGCCUGGUUCCGUUAGACGCGCAAUGGGUGGACAUUGACUACAUGAACUCAAGCAAAGAUUUCACGGUGAGUCGAAAGUUCAAGGGACUGGGUGACUUUGUGAAGCAGAUGAGGCAGCUGUACGACGUAAGAAGCGUCAUGAUGCUGGACCCGGCCAUCUGCUCUGAAGGGGGCGAUGACUACUGGCCCUACAAGACGGGCCUGGAGGCGGACAUCUUCGUGAAGGACAACCGUACGGGCGAGCCGCUGGUGGGUGAAGUGUGGCCGGGCCUGACGGUCUUUCCUGACUUCACGCAUCCAAACAUUGGCGAGUGGUGGGGCAACGCUCUGACUGCCUUCCACGAGACCGUCCCCUUCGACGGGAUUUGGAUCGACAUGAACGAGCCGGCAAGCUUCGUCGAUGGCUCGACGACGGGCUGCUCAAAGGAGAGUCGUCUCGACAACCCGCCCUACACACCGCCUGUGGUCGGUGGGCGCCUCGAGUCGAAGACGAUCUGCCCAUCGGCCCAGCACUUCGGGCGGGUUGCCCACUACGAUCUGCACAACCUGUACGGCUACUCGGAGGCGAAAGUGACGCAGCAACACCUCCAACGUCUCAAGCCGGGAAAGCGUCAAUUCCUGCUCACGCGUUCAUCAUUCGCCGGCUCCGGUCGCCACACCAACCAUUGGACCGGCGACAACCUGUCCGACUGGCCGGAGAUGCUCGCCUCCAUCGGCCAGAUCAUCAACUUCAACAUGUUCGGCAUCCCGAUGACUGGCGCAGACAUCUGCGGUUUCCGGGGUCAAGCUAGCGAGGAGUUGUGCAUCCGUUGGAGCCAGUUGGGCGCCUUUUAUCCCUUCUCCCGCAACCACAACGAGCUCGGCCAACCGCCCCAAGACCCGGCAGCCUGGAGCUUCACGGCCACCGAGUACAUCUCGACCGCCCUGCAGAUGCGCUACCACCUGCUGCCCUACCUCUACUCCCUGUUCUACCGGGCCCACCUGAACGGGACGACAGUGGCUCGGCCGCUCUCCUUCCAGUUUCCCGACGACGUGAUCACACACGGCAUCGUGCGCCAAUUCCUCCUCGGCCCCUGUCUCCUCAUCACACCCGUCCUCGAGCCCAAUACCGACCGCGUGACCGGCUACCUGCCCAAGGGUGAAUGGGUCAACCUGGCGACUGGACAUCGUGAAGGCGGCUACCGCGCCGGCAACACCGGCGAAUGGAAGAUGUUCCCCGCCCCUCUCUCUACCAUUCCGGUACAUGUGCGCGCCGGUUGCAUUCUGCCGAUGCACACCAAGGCCUACUCCAGCCUACAGGCCCGUCAGACCGGACUGGGCAUCACAGCCGUCGUCGACCGGCGCAGCCAAUCGGCCCAGGGCGAGUUGUUCUGGGACGACGGCGAGACUGAGGAUCAGGCCUACACGUACCUCGAGUUUCGCCUGACCGGGCAGACGCUGACUGCCCGACCGACUGAGGUUCGCACCAGACUUGCCCAGGCGCCGGCCAAGACGGACGACCUCUUUCUCAACUUUGUCCUCAUCCUCGGACUCGGCUCUAGGCCGUCUGGAUUCUGGGUGAACGGAGCGCAAGAGAAAUUCUUCUACGACGGCCGAAGGGAUGCCCUCUCCUAUUCAUCCCAGUGCCAGUGCAUCCUUUUGUCACGGCAGCUCAACGUCACCUGGACCAUGCCAUGA